CUCGCCUUUCUUUGAAUCUUGACUUUCCCUUCCGCGAAAUUCGAAGUAGAAACUAACAAAUGUCGCAUCUCCUCUUCAUCUUCUUCUUCCUCCUCAAUUGAAUGAAAGAGUCACUUCUUAUUAUAAUCUAGGGUUUUCAAUUUCAUGUGACUUUUCCCCCUUUUUUUCCUCCUUUCAAUUUUCGAUCCAGCAAUUUUUUUUGGAUUCGGAAUGAAACGCGAUUUCGACGAAAUCUCCGAGGAGGAGUGGUCGCAGCACUCGUUUAACCCUUCCCGAGUUCUUAAACGGCCACGGACUCCGAAGAAGACUCGUCCGGCGAAUCCGUCGCCUCCAAUUGAGUCUUUCGCGUACAGGAGACCGUCGACGGCGACUGGGAGAGAGGAGAGCAAUAGCAGUGACGAUUGUGUUGAGCUAGAGGAUUUAGGAGAAUCUGAUACGGAGGUGAAAGUUGUGAACGGCGAGGAUUUGUUGUUGGAUGAUGAGGAAGUCGAAGAAGAGGAAGAGGCAAAGGUUGUGACGCGGCCUGCUCGAGCUGGUCGGCGAUUUGUGAUUGAAGAUGAGGAUGCGAGUGAAGAUGAUUUUGAUGAUGAGGUUGACAUUAGUUCGAGUGAGGACGAACUUGGCGGAGGAAGAGGGAGAGUAGAAGAUGAGGAUGUAGUUGGGAAGGCUCUGCAAAAGUGUGCCAAAAUCUCUGCGGAUCUUCGGAAGGAGCUUUAUGGUAGCUCUUCUGUGGCUACUACUUGUGAUAGGUACUCUGAAGUGGAAACGUCUACUGUAAGGAUUGUCACACAGACUGAUAUUGAUGAAGCCUGUAAAGCAGAGGAUUCUGAUUUCCAGCCUAUACUCAAGCCCUACCAGUUAGUUGGUGUUAACUUUCUUCUUCUCUUGUAUAAGAAAGGAAUCGAAGGAGCCAUUCUAGCCGAUGAGAUGGGUCUUGGAAAGACCAUUCAGGCAAUCACAUAUUUAACCCUCCUAAAUCACUUAAACAAUGACCCUGGUCCUCAUUUGAUCGUAUGCCCUGCCUCUGUCUUGGAAAACUGGGAGAGAGAACUCAGAAAAUGGUGUCCAUCAUUUACUGUACUUCAGUACCACGGCGCUGCGAGAGCAGCCUACUCAAGAGAGUUGAACUCUUUGUCAAAAGCUGGGAAGCCGCCGCCAUUCAAUGUGCUUCUUGUGUGUUAUUCUUUGUUUGAACGACAUAGUGAACAACAGAAAGAUGACCGGAAAGUACUGAAACGGUGGCGCUGGAGCUGUGUUUUGAUGGAUGAAGCCCAUGCGUUAAAGGAUAAGAACAGUUAUAGGUGGAAAAAUUUGAUGUCUGUGGCCAGAAAUGCAAACCAGCGUCUGAUGCUUACAGGAACGCCUCUACAAAAUGAUUUGCAUGAACUAUGGUCACUGCUCGAAUUCAUGUUGCCUGAUAUAUUUACUACAGAGAACGUUGACUUAAAGAAGCUGUUGAAUGCAGAAGACACUGAGUUGAUUACUCGAAUGAAAUCUAUUCUAGGUCCUUUCAUAUUAAGGCGUUUAAAAUCUGAUGUCAUGCAGCAACUUGUUCCAAAGAUACAGCGGGUUGAGUAUGUCAAUAUGGAGAAAAAGCAGGAAGAUACAUAUAAAGAAGCCAUAGAGGAAUAUCGCGCUGCUUCUCAAGCACGGCUUUUGAAGCUUUCAUCAAAAUCCUUGAAUUCCUUAGCCAAGGCACUUCCAAAGCGUCAAAUUUCAAACUAUUUUACUCAAUUCCGGAAGAUUGCAAAUCAUCCAUUGUUAAUCAGGCGAAUAUACAGCGACGAAGAUGUCAUUCGCAUUGCCAGGAAGUUACACCCAAUCGGUGCUUUUGGAUUCGAGUGCUCCUUGGAAAGAGUCAUCGAAGAAGUUAAGAGUUACAACGAUUUCCGUAUCCACCAGCUUUUGUUCCAAUUUGGAGUUAACGAUACCAAAGGAACUCUCUCAGACAAACAUGUUAUGCUUUCAGCAAAAUGUCGGACAUUAGCUGAGCUUCUCCCUUCAAUGAAACAAUCCGGCCAUCGUGUCCUAAUAUUCAGUCAGUGGACAUCGAUGCUCGAUAUCUUAGAAUGGACGCUCGAUGUAAUCGGCGUUACAUACCGAAGACUUGAUGGCAGCACUCAAGUCACAGAUAGACAAACCAUAGUCGACACAUUCAACAACGAUAAGUCGAUAUUCGCUUGUCUGUUGUCAACUCGAGCAGGUGGACAAGGUCUGAAUUUAACCGGAGCAGAUACGGUUAUUAUUCACGAUAUGGAUUUUAAUCCACAGAUUGAUCGGCAAGCUGAGGAUCGAUGCCAUCGUAUCGGUCAAACAAAACCAGUUACUAUCUUCAGACUGGUGACGAAAUCGACGGUUGAUGAGAACAUCUACGAGAUUGCGAAGCGGAAACUUGUUCUUGAUGCGGCGGUCCUAGAGUCCGGAGUUCACGUAGAUGACGACGGAGACACGCCUGAGAAAACCAUGGGAGAGAUUCUCGCUUCUCUUCUCAUGGGAUAACAAUUAUUUUUUUGUGUUUCUUUCUCUUGAGGUAAAAUUAGCCAAGAAAAAGAAAUUUAUGUAGUACUGGAAACAUGUGUAACACUAGCUUUUUAGACUAAAGUUUAAUAGAUAUCGAUAGUUAUAUUUC